UGACAAAAUACAUUCAAAACAAACAUUUCCAAAACCUGUCAACUGAUUGCGCAUGUGUUGCUCUCCGUUUCUAAACAAAAGAAAACUAUUAUUUUGCUCAUUUUUGCAUUUUCCUUUUUUUUUAUAAACUAUUUUUUGUUUAAUAAUGGAGGAAUUAAAAAAUAAGUGGUGUAUUGAUUUAGAAGAAAUUUUACAAUGUCUUGUUUGUUAUGAGAGACCGAUAACUCCAAUAUAUCAAUGCGAUGGUGGACAUCACAUUUGUCACAUGUGUAGAUUAAAAUUAUUUAAUUGUCCUAUGUGCCAAGGUAGAUAUAAUGGAUCUAGAAGCUUUUUGGCUGAGCAUUUAGCUCUUAAGUUGGACGAAAUUAAAACUUCGCUUAUUUUACCUCCGAAAGAAGUGAAAGUUGAUACAAUUUCUACACAAACUGAUUAUGUAGAAAUAAAAGAAAAAGAAGAAGAAAAAGAAGAAGAAGAAAAUAUACAAGUAGUAAAAUUAUCACAACCCCAAGCAGCAAAGGGAUCAUUUCCUUGUCGAUUAGCAAAAUGUACAUUUGAAGGUCCACAUAGUAGAAUGUUAAGUCACUUGAAUUAUUUUCAUAAAGACAGAUUAGUUCAGAGUGAAAGUUUAAAUGGAAGAGAAUAUUCCCGUCAAUGGGAAAUGGAUCAUUUGUCAAAUAUUGUGUUUGAUUUGGCAUUUUUCAUUCAAAAAAUGGGAAUUUUCUUUUUAAUCACAUCUAUUGAUGCAGCCGGUGAUUUUACUGGAAAUGUACAAAUGGUCCACAAUAAUAAUACGGCUCAUGAAUUUAAAUAUAAAUUGGAAAUUAAAGGAAAUGGUAGAUCGUGUUCCUAUGAAGGAUUUCCACGAUCUUGUAGAACACUUGUUGAGAAGACAUUUAAAAAUAGUCUUCACAUUGCUUCGCAAAAUAUACAAAGAUUAGUAUGUAAUAAAAAUAAAUUUACCUGCAUAUUUACAUUGACACGUGAUGAACCAAAAUCAGUCACAAAAUAAUGACUAAGAAAUUUGAUUUUAUAUUUAUUUUAAGUUUCAAUAUUCAAGACAUUUUAACAUUUCAAUGUUCAACUUUAAUUUUUUUCAUUUCAUUAUAAUAAGAUUAGAAAAUCAUAUUUAUUAAUAUAAGAUAUUGACUAAAGUUUAUACGAGAACCAAUGGAAACUGUGUGAUAAAAUAAAUUUA